UGGUAUGCUAAUGCAAUGUUACAUUUCCUGUGACACAAUUAUUCUCGUCUCUUCAGGCACAGAUCAAAGGAAGCUUUCAGUGGAGAAAUACUAACCAAAUCAGCAAAACAUAGCCGUAAUAAAUCAGAACCAUUAGUCGAGACUCCUGCAGAGCCAUCCCCAGCAUCACAAUUCCAAGGGUGGUUCUCUAACAUCCUCAAACCACCCUCUAAUUUCAAUGCCCCAGUUCCAGACCCCAGCAGCCCCCACCAAUCCAACGACCGUUCCUCCCCACUCUUGGAUCCACCGGCCCUGAAUCUGCCACCUCGGCAGUCAUCAUACCGAAAGUCCCGGUUCCAAACUGAGCCCCCGGCGACCACCCCUCAGGGAAUUCCAGUCACUUCACGUAGAACUUUCAAGCCAGCUCCAUUAUUACGACAAGACAUUCAUUUGCUUUCUCCACCAAAGAAUCUUAUUGAGUCAGCUCAAAGGAGAUCAAUGUCAUCAAACAAAUGUUCCAAACCAGAGACUCAACCGCUGUCCCCACCAAAGAAUCUCAUGGAGUCGGCUCACAGGAGGUCUAUAUCAAAGUCUACUUGUUCCAUUGAGAAAGUUGCACCAAAGCCUAUUGUAAGUGGGUGCAAAAAGGAAGAAGAGGGAGAAGAAGAUUUAAGUCUUAAUGGAUUCCUUAAAGAGGAAAAAACCAAGAUUGAGAAGAUCUUGAAUAGGGAGCUUGAUUCUAAGGCCAAAAUCAUCCUUUCUGGUCCUUCAAACAGUACUAGCUCAAUGGUAGCAGCUAUAUGCUACGCGUUGUUGUUGGCAAAUAGAAUGACGAAGAAUAAAGGAAAUGGUGACAGAGAGGGAACUGUGGUAUUCCCUGUGAUGAAUACAAGGAGAGGGAGAAUGUGGAAGCAGAGACAAGCUGCUUGGUUAUUCCAACAUGUUGGCCUUGAUGCUACCUCAUUGCUCUUCGCUGACGAGGUGGAUUUGGAGAGUCUAAUGAUGGAAGGGAAAUUAAACAUUCUUGUUGUUGGGCAAGAUAUCCUCAGAACUAACGGCGAGGUUGGAUCACAGUGCACUAUUCUUACCGAUAACUACUGUGAAGAUGCCUAUGAUCUACUUCAAACUCCAGUGCUGAAAAAGCUUUUGCUUGCAGGUAUCCUGUUAGACACACAAAAUUUGAAUGCAUCUGCUACCUGUUCUAUGACAAGAGAUGCAGAGGCAGUUCAGUUGCUUCUAGUUGGCUCAACCCCAAAAUAUAGAAAUGCCCUUUUUGAUCAAUUGAUGCAAGAUCAAAGAGACAGCUCCUUUAUUGAAGCACUAAGGCACAACUAUGGAAAGCCCCCCAGUGAGACUGAACAUAUAGGUGGUCGUGAUAAUGGAGCACAUAUGGACCAUAGAGGAACAGAGAGCAGGCCAACCCCUGUCUCUCGACAUGAAGCCAUCCCACAGAAUUCAGAUAAAAAUUCUAAUAAUGUAAGGAAUGGGAAGCCUAACAAUACAACAAAAGCAGCUCCUGCAGCAGCACCGACAGAAGCAAGUCCUGAUGCCUCUCGCGGAAAGAACAAGUUCUUCCUGGCAAAGUGGUUUGGUUUUGGUAAAUAAAGAUCAUAAAAACGUUGAUUUGUGACGAGAUUAGAUUUUUUUUAGUGGACAGCUAGUUUCCCUAAAGAAAAAUCUGU